AUGUUUAUCAGAAUCAGAGUUUAUAGUGCUGAUGAUGAUUGGCGUGUGACUUACAGCUCUUCACACAUCUGUGCACUGAAGGACUCAACAGUGACUAUACACUGCACUUACACAUACCCUACUGGACAUAAGAUCAAUACAGUGUUCUGGACCAACACUCAAACACCGACAGAUAAUGUGUUUCCAGAUCUGUCUGAGGACUCUGAAUACAAACAGAGGAUUCAGUAUCUGGGAGAUAAACAGCACGACUGCAGCGUCAGACUGACUGAUGUGAGACACACAGAUUCACACAAGUACUAUUUCAGAUUCAUCACUAAUAAACCUGAUGGGAAAUGGACUGGUGCUCCUGGAGUGACUCUUGCUGUCACAGAUCCUCCAGAUAAACCUGUGAUCUCCAUCAGUUCUUCUGGUGUAAUAGUGGAGGGUGAUUCAGUGAAUCUGACCUGCAGCAGUGAAUCAAAUCCACCUGUUCACAUCUACAGCUGGUUUAAAGAGAAUCAAACAACAUCUGUUGGAUCUGGAAACAUCUACAACAUCACUAACAUCAGAUCUGAUCACAGUGGACAAUACAAGUGCAAGACCAGACAUACAUGUGGAGAGAAAUAUUCUGAUCCUGUGACUUUAAAUGUUUUGUAUCCUCCAAGGAACGUCACAGUAUCCAUCAGUUCUUCUGGUGUAAUAGUGGAGGGUGAUUCAGUGACUCUGACCUGCAGCAGUGAAUCAAAUCCACCUGUUCACAUCUACAGCUGGUUUAAAGAAGAAACAUCUGUAGGAUCUGGAAACAUCUACAGAAUCUCAAACAUCAGAUCUGAUCACAGUGGACAAUACAAGUGCAAGGCUGGAAAUGAAUUUGGAGAGAACAAUUCAACAGUGACUUUAAAUGUUUUAUAUCCUCCAAGGAACGUCUCAGCGUCCAUCAGUUCUUCUGGUGUAAUAGUGGAGGGUGAUUCAGUGACUCUGACCUGCAGCAGUGAAUCAAAUCCACCUGUUCACAUCUACAGCUGGUUUAAAGAAGAAACAUCUGUAGGAUCUGUUCUCAUCUACAGCUGGUUUAAAGAGACUCAAACAUCAUCUGUUGUAUCUGGACAGACGUUCAGCAUCAGUAACAUUAAUUCAUGUCUCAGUGGAUGGUUUUACUGUGUGGCUCACAAUAAAGAUGGAUCUCAGAGAUCAGAUGCUGUUUCACUCACUGUUAAAGGUGUCUCAUCUCUCAGUUUCUCUGUAAGUUUUGGUGUUGAACUUUGUGUUGGAGUCUGUGGAGCAUCAGCUGCUCUACUCAUUGUGAUGUUUAUUUGCAGAAGAAAGAGUUUGAGAAGAAAAGCGUCUGAACACAAACCGGAGAAUGAUGAUGUCAGUAAUGACACAUAUAACGCUCUUGACCUCAAGACCAGAUCAUCUGACCUGUACGACACACUCACAGUCUAUGGGAUGCUUUUGAUGAAGUUGAAGAGAUGGACGAUGGUGGAGAUGGAGCAAAUGCUGCUGGUGCAGGUGCUCAAUGAAGAAUCUGAUAUAAUUUACAUCAAACAGCUACGAGGAGGACGACACCCAAUAGAUUUGAAUGUUUCUAGUGACAUCAACAACAAAUUGCUCAAGAAAGAAACAUGGAAAAUAAAAAAAGAAGUGCUAAGAAAGCCAACAAUGCAUCUUGCAUCAGCUGACAUCAAUAUGAUGGAUGUCAUUGGCAUCAUCGACACAUUUGACAGACCAGGAGAUGCGUACACAGAAGACACAUACGCUCGAUGUGGAACACAUGCAGUAGCUUUCGAGGACGAGCCAGGAAAGAGACUCCCUAAAGCUGGAGCUCAAUGUGAAGCAGGAGUGGGUCGAGCUCGUGCUGAAUUCAGUGUGUUUGAAGCAGAAGCUAAAGGUCCGAACGCCUCGGCCGGUGCUGAAGCAAGCGUAGGUGCACUCGGAGCUAGUGCGAUGGCUCGAGCUGAAGUUGCCAGCGUGUGUGCUAAAGCCGGACCGGUUGGUGUGAAGGUGGGGCUUGGGGUGGACACAGGGGUAUCUGUUGUGUCGGCACUGGCUUUGAGCGGCUGUGAAACCGUCAGAAUGGCUCCUCCUCUUCCUCUGAUUCUCCUGCUCAUGAUUCAAGGAGUUUAUAGUGCUGAUGAUGAUUGGGAUCUGACUUACAGCCCUUCACACAUCUGUGCACUGAAGGACUCAACAGUGACUAUAAACUGCACUUACACAUACCCUACUGGAUAUCAGAUCAAUACAGUGUUCUGGACCAACACUGUUAGACCAAAAGAUCAAGAUUCUCCAGAUCUGUUUAAUGACUCUGAAUACAAACAGAGGAUUCAGUAUGUGGGAGAUAAACAGCACGACUGCAGCGUCAGACUGACUGAUGUGAGACACACAGAUUCACACGAGUACUAUUUCAAAUUCAUCACUGAUCAAGAUAAAUGGACUGGUGCUCCUGGAGUGACUCUUGCUGUCACAGAUCUUCAGGUGGAGUCUGAAGGUGAGACAGUGAUGGAGGGACAUUCAGUGACUCUGACAUGUGAAAGCACAUGCAGUCUGACUGACACAUCAACAUUCAUCUGGUUUAGAAACACACACACAUUAAAUGAGAGAAAGAAGAAACUCAUCCUGCCGUCAGUUAGAAGAGAGAAUGCAGGUGACUAUAGCUGUGCUGUACAGGGACACAAACUCACAUCACCUCCUCGACGUCUCCAUGUCUUCUAUCCUCCAGAUAAACCUGUGAUCUCCAUCAGUUCUUCUGGUGUAAUAGUGGAGGGUGAUUCAGUGAAUCUGACCUGCAGCAGUGAAUCAAAUCCACCUGUUCACAUCUACAGCUGGUUUAAAGAGAAUCAAACAUCAUCUGUUGGAUCUGGACAGACGUUCAGCAUCACUAACAUUAAUUCAUGUCUCAGUGGAUGGUUUUACUGUGUGGCUCAGAAUAAACAUGGAUCUCAGAGAUCAGAUGCUGUUUCACUCACUGUUAAAGGUGUCUCAUGUAAGUAG